CACGUUUUCCUAAGUCCCAUUUGGCGCCAAAUUGUACUUUCUCUACUCGCCGGCGAGUUUUUAUCCGGCAAAAGAAAACCCUAACGCCGUUAAAUAUAUCUGUUUGCUCCUACCGUUCACUUCAAUGACGGAACGGAGGGCUAAACGCCCUAAAAUCACAAGGGGCGAAGAUGAUUAUAUGCCAGGAAAUAUAACUGAGAUUGAGCUUCAUAACUUCAUGACAUUCAGCAAGUUGACAUGCAAACCUGGAUCCCGAUUAAAUCUUGUAAUUGGACCAAAUGGCUCCGGAAAGAGUUCUCUAGUCUGUGCAAUAGCACUCGGUCUUGGUGGUGAGCCUCAGCUUUUGGGGAGGGCUUCUAGUAUUGGAGCAUUUGUGAAGCGCGGGGAGGAGUCAGGGUACAUCAAGAUUUCCUUGAGAGGGGAAACCAAAGAGGACCAGUUAACUAUCGUGCGGAAAAUAGAUACACGGAACAAGUCUGAGUGGAUUUUUAAUGGAAAAACUGUGCCAAAGAAGAAUGUAACUGAUAUAAUUCAAAGGUUCAAUAUCCAAGUCAACAACUUGACUCAAUUUCUACCUCAGGACAGGGUUUGUGAGUUUGCAAAGUUGACGCCUGUUCAACUCCUUGAAGAGACUGAAAAGGCUGUGGGUGAUCCUCGGUUACCAGUCCAGCAUGUAGAUCUUAUUAGCAAAAGUGAGGAGCUGAAGAAGUCUGAACGAACUGUGAAGAGCGGCAGAGAGACAUUGGAUCAGCUGAAGGAAGUCAAUUCUCAACUUGAAAGAGAUGUGGAGCGUCUCCGUCAGAGAGAGCACCUCCUAGCACAGGCUGAAUCCAUGAGAAAGAAAUUGCCAUGGCUGAAGUACGAUGCUAAGAAGGCUGAGUUUCUGGAAGCCAAAAGGCAAGAGCAAGAUGCCAAAAAGAAGCUGGAUGAAGCUGCUGAGAGUUUGAAUGAACUCAUGGAACCUAUAGAGGAAAAAAAGCAAGAGAAAGCAGAACGAGAUGCUAAAUGCAAAAAAGUAAAUGGCCUGUUGGGUGACAAUAGCAACAAGCGUAUGAAACUUCAGGAUCAGGAUAGCCGUUUGGAUGUUCAAGUGGAUGGAAAAUAUAAAGAAAUGGAAGACUUGAGGAAGCAAGAAGAAUCUCGUCAACGUAGAAUUUCAAAAGCUCAAGAAGAUCUUAGAGCUGCCGAACUGGAACUGGCAAAUCUUCCUCCUUAUGAACGUCCCAGAGAUAAAAUUGAUAGUUUGGGUUCUAAAAUUUUGGAGCUGCAAGAUGGUGCACGGGAACUAAGGUCUCAGAAAUCAGAAAUAGAAAGAACCCUUGAGCGGAAUAGGACAACAUUCAGACAGUGCUCUGACAAAUUGAAGGAGAUGGAGAACACAAACAACAAAAAGUUACGCGCUUUACAGAAUUCUGGUGCUGAAAAGAUAUUUGAAGCUUACAAUUGGGUUCAGGAGCAUCAACAUCAAUUUAAUAAAUCUGUAUAUGGUCCAGUUCUUCUUGAGGUCAAUGUUUCCAAUCGGAUUCAUGCAGAUUACCUAGAGGGUCAUGUGCCAGGUUACUUAUGGAAGGCCUUUAUAACACAAGAUGCCGCAGACCGUGACCUCUUAGUUAGAAAUAUGCGAUCAUUUGAUGUUGCUAUUAUAAAUGUAGCAGAUGAAAGUCGGUGCCGUGUUCCCUUUCAAGUUACUGAAGAGAUGCGUAUGCUAGGUAUUGAUUCCAGACUUGACCAAGUAUUUGAUGCUCCUGAUGCAGUCAAAGAAGUUCUAAUAAGUCAAUUUGGGCUGGAAAAUUCUUACAUAGGCUCACGUGAAACUGACAAGAGAGCAGAUGAGGUGUUGCAAUUGGGCAUCUUUGAUUUAUGGACCCCUGAAAAUCAUUACAGAUGGACCAAAUCCAGAUAUGGUGGUCAUGUUUCUGGCAGUGUUGAAUCAGUGAACCGCUCUCGCUUUUUGCUAUGCAAUGUGGAUGCUGGGGAAGUUGAGAGGCUCAAAUCCCGGAAACUUGAGUUGGAUAAAUCCAUCUCUACAUUAGAAGAUAAUCUCAGGGCAGUUAAGAGUGAGUUGAGGAACAUAGAGGAUGAAGGUGCCAAAUUUGAAAGGCAACGUGAAGAGAUUAUAAAUGAGUCACUACUUGAGAACAAAAGAAGACGUGAGAUGGAAAACCGUGUCAAACAGCGCGUGAUGAACUUGAAAUCCUUGGAAAGAGAGGAUGAUCUGGAUAGUGUAUCUGCAAAGCUUAUUGACCAGAUUAAAGCUAUGAAGAUUCAGAGAUUCCAACUUGCAAUGGAUAUUAAGAAUUUACUCAUUGAUGCUGUGGCUUACCGAAGAAGUUAUGCUGAACAUAACAUGGCAUCCCUUGAACUUGUGCUGAAGAUUAAAGAGAUGGAAGCUAAUGUGAAGCACCAAGAAAAAUUUGCAAUGCAAGCAUCUCUGCAUUAUGAGUACUGUAAAAAGGAGACAGAGGAAUGCCGACGACAAUUGGAAGUUUCCAAGAGGCAGGCAGAAUCAGUAGCUAUUAUAACUCCAGAACUUGAGCAGGCUUUUUGUGAGAUGCCAUCUACAAUUGAGGAAUUGGAUGCGGCUAUUCAAGAUACCAUUUCUCAAGCCAACUCCAUUCUUUUCCUGAACCAUAAUGUUCUAGAAGAGUAUGAAACACGUCAGAAAAAAAUAGAAUCUCUUUCGGAGAGUCAAGAGAUGGAAGAAGAGAAGUUAAGCAACCUCAUUAAUGAAAUUAAUGCUUUAAAGGAAAGGUGGUUACCAACAUUAAGAAGUCUUGUUUCUCAAAUCAACCAGACUUUUAGCCGCAAUUUCCAAGAAAUGGCUGUUGCAGGAGAAGUUUCAUUAGAUGAGCAUGACAUGGACUUUGACAAAUAUGGGAUACUAAUUAAAGUCAAAUUCAGGGAGACCGGGCAACUCCAAGUUCUAAGUGCCCACCACCAAUCUGGAGGAGAACGAUCUGUUUCAACUAUUCUUUACCUAGUUUCUUUGCAAGACCUUACAAAUUGCCCCUUUAGAGUGGUGGAUGAAAUAAAUCAAGGAAUGGAUCCUAUCAAUGAGAGGAAAAUGUUUCAGCAAUUAGUGAGAGCUGCCAGCCAACCCAAUACACCGCAGUGCUUCUUGCUUACUCCAAAGUUGCUGCCAAAUCUUGAAUACAGUGAAGCAUGCAGCAUUCUGACUGUAAUGAAUGGGCCCUGGAUUGAGCAGCCAUCCAAAGUUUGGAGUGGUGGAGAAAGCUGGAGGUCUGUGAUGGGAUUAACCUCUGUUGCCGCUGACUAGAAUCAGCAACACUCGUGGUAGAUUCGACCGGGAACUAUCUAUAAGAAAAAUUUACAAUUUUUCAGUUGAUCUUCUUUUGCCCCGUUAAAAGCUGAAUCAUGGUGGCUCAGCUACUGUUUUUGAAAAAUCUGUCUAUACUGGCUCUUAUUCUUAAGUGCAUAGUUCUUUUGUACGCAUAAUUCAUAGCAGGCUAACCUUGUUUAUAGUGACGUAGAGGUAUUCCCUCUGUUCGAACUCCACAAUAACCUGUCCUCCAUUGUCUGUUUAUAUUCAGAAAUUGUUUACUUCUAGAA